UCUGGGGGAAGGUCAGGCUUCUAGUCCUUGAAGCUGCUGACUUCCCCUUUGGCGAGUUUCAUCUUUUCUGUAAUUAGAGCCCUGGGCUGGGGAAACUUGUAGAAACCCAUGAACCUGGGCCGCUCUCGGGCUGUAGGGAGCCUCUGGUGCAGGUGGUGUGGAAUGGGAGGAGAGGGCUGGGCUCUGUCAACUGGCCUCGGGGCCUCCCGGCAGAGCACACUGGUUCCUGGGAGGCCACUGGCAAGUACACCCUAGGGCUGGGAGGAAAGGGGUCCUCUCUCUGCCCUCCUCCAUGCAGGGACCAUUAAAAAGUGGCUGGGGGGAAGCAGUUCAGGCCAGAGCCCUGGUGAUCUGGGAAGGGGACGGCAGCUAGAGGUGGGGCUGAGCAGCUGGGAAAGGGGUCAGUGAAACCCCUACUUUUUUUUGGGGGGGGUGGUGGUGCUGGGGAUCGAAUCUGCCUUACACAUGCUAGGCAAGGGCUCUGUCAGAGCUACAUCCCCACCUGGCUCACCCUCGUUUCCAAGGUGAGUUGUCCUGACCAAACUUUGGGCCUCUUUGGCAGCAGGCUAGCCACGUGGCUGCCAAAGAAAGGGUUUGGGUGGAGCCAUAUCAGGGACACUGGACUGGAAGUUGCUCCUUUCUGAGAGCUGUGAAUUGCCAGGGCUUCCAAGUAAAAGGGCCUGGUGGCAGUCUCCCUGGAGCUGGGGAUGCAGGAUGCUCACCCCAGAGGUAUCUGGUUCCCUCCUGUUUCCAGCUUUCUGUGGACCUGUGUGGAUUAGGCUUGGGGUCAAUUCUUUCUGGGGUUUGCUGGCCUCUGGACGUGCUCCUGGGAGCAUGUCCUGCCCCCAUCUCCCGUUCUGGCCUCCUCUGAGGACCACCUACGGUAGGAGAAACAUUUUCCCCAUCACAUCUGCUGGGGAUGAUUCUGCCUGCUAGUAAUUAAUGUAACUUGAACCCUGCCAGAUCCAGAGUCUUCGCAGUGGGGACACUGAGCUUCACUUCCAUCUGUCAACUGGCCCAUAUUAGCCAGAUUGAGGAUUUUCUGGGGGUCAUUCUCCAUGGGUGGUUGGUGGACAGUGGUCACAGGUGCCCAUCUGACUCUGGCUGGAAUUGCCUAAGUCACCUCUUAGCUCCUUCUUCUCAUCUUUGUAGCCUUGGAUGGGUUGGCUACAGCUUUCUGAAAGUCUCUAGACUGAAGUCCCAUCACUUGGGGUCCUUUCUCUGAGCAGUUUCCUCCACUUUUAGGGCUUUUACCAUGGCCUCCACAGAUUUUCUUUUUCAGCUCAGUGGUAGAGCACUUGCCUAGUGAGCAUGAGACCCUGGCAUGGGGGGUAAAAAAACCCCACUGUUUUCUUCCUGACUGUAGUGCUGCAUUUCACCUGCUGGCCACCCCACCCCUAGCUGGCACGUUAAACUUACCUUCGUGUAACAAAACUGACCCUUUUGCUGUCCACACCUCUCCCUACACCUGUGGCUGUUGGUGCUGGGAUUUGUUUGCCCUGUUUCUCCCAAGGGUCUAGGGUUCCUGGUUUAAAUGUGGUGAUGGUGGAACUUAGUAAGUCUUAAGUCAGACAACCUGGGCUCAAACCCUGGCUCUGGGUCACGUUGGGUUAUGUGCGCAACCUCUUUGGAUUUGAGUUCAUCUGUAAAAUGGAAAUACUAAGACCAGCUCCAUGGCCUGUGGGGACUAAAAGACCAAAUGCUCAGAAGCACCAGUGCCAAGUCUGGCCCAUCAGAGGACUGAAAAUGUUGGCCACCAUUAUCAGAGAGGCUUUUGGGAGUUUCCUAGUUCAUACUUGGGUCCUUUUUAUAUUCCCUCUGAUCCAUCCUGCACAGCGAUCAGACCCGUCACUCUUCCCUGCAGACAAUUCUUCAUGGGCUCCUUUGAUAAACCUGGUGUCUCUUGCAGUGCUGUUUACCCUCUAGCCCACUGCAGUUCUUCAUGCUCUGAUUUGCUCCUGACUGUGUGUGGCAAAGGUGUGGGCUGUCUGGAGGUGUGUUUAGGAAGAGUGUCAGAGCUCUGUGAUACUCCCAGCUGAAGCUGAAGGACCUCCUUGAGUUUCUGUGCUGAGGAAAUAAGGCCUGCCAGGCCAGGGCCCCCAUUAGACAGGACAGGAAAGAAAACAACCUGUCCAAAUAGAGGCAUCCUGAGAGGGGCUGCCUGAUAGCUGUGCAGACAGAUGCCAGAAUCCUAAGGGAGUUCCCCUCCUCUGUUAAGGACCAGUCAGAAGCCUGGUGACCCAUGUUGCUGGCACCCCAGCCUGUCUCUCCAGCCCCGCUCCCCUGGGCCACUCAUUCAAGCCCCACCUACUAGGGGCAGCAACUACCUUGUGCUGACUUUGACAUCCUGUCUGGCCAUCAUGGUCAAACUCAGGGGCAGGAGAAUGUCAGCAUCCCUUGCUUUCUAUGGGGAGUAGGCAUAGAGAACUGUAAUUCCUCCCUCUGUGAGAGGAAGCCAUAGCCCACCCGCAGAGUGCUAGAGAGGGGCUUUCCCUGCUUAGUCCCACUGUUUUUGGGUAAACUAGGGUGUUCUAAUGGGAUGUGCGCCUCCCGCAGCUCCUCUUCCAUCUCCCUCUCAUCUCCUUCCCCGAGAUGAGACAGCCUGCACUCCACAGCUCAGCCAACAGCUCCUGUUUGGGGGUGGUCCCCAGAACGUCUGGAGGCUGCACGCAUCUGUAACAACUCCUCCCUUGGGGCCCAGCCUUAGAGGGAAAGGAGGGUGUGUUCCUUUAAGGGGCUGGCCCGGCAGGAGCGCGGAGGUUUGUCGGCUGCCGCUUCCUUUCGGGCCAUUGAAGGUCCCUAAAUCCGUCUGUUGCUUGGGACCCACACAGCCAGCGGCCCUAGCGCUUGGGUCUUGGAAGAGCGUGCUGGGGACGGAUAAUCAUAGUUAUAUUUACAAAUGCCUGCUGUCACUCUGGUCUUGCUGUCCCACAGUCCACCUUCGACUUGCCUCCAGUGGAUGUUUCUACAAUCUUGCCCCAGGGCCCCAGCCUGGCCCAGGAUGCACCGGAGCUGCUGCUGUGGGUGCUGCGCUGCAGCACCAUGGGUCCUGGUCUUGCUGUUCCUGCUGCCCUGCGUUUCUGGACUGCCCUUCUAUAACGGCUUCUACUAUUCCAACAGCCCCAAUGGCAGGAAUCCAGGCAAUGGCUAUGGCGAAGGCCUUUUCAAUGGAGUGAAGUUGGUCGUAGAGACGCCCGAGGAGACGCUGUUCACCCACCGGGGGGCUACCGUGACCCUGCCCUGCCACUACCACUAUGAGCCAGCGCUGGCCUCCCCAAGGCCCGUGCGCAUCAAGUGGUGGAAGCUGUCAGAGAACGGGGCCCCAGAGCAGGAUGUGCUGGUGGCCAUAGGCAAGAGGCACCGCUCCUUUGGGGACUACCAAGGCCGCGCGCACCUGCGGCAGGACGAGGAGCGUGAAGUCUCACUGGAGCUCUGGGAUCUGCGGCUGGAAGACUAUGGGCGCUACCGCUGUGAGGUCAUUGAUGGGCUAGAGGACGAGAGCGGCCUGGUGGAGCUGGAGCUGCGGGGCGUGGUCUUUCCCUACCAGCCCCCUCAGGGGCGCUACCAGCUCAACUUCCAUGAGGCCCAGCAGGCCUGUGAGGAGCAGGAUGCAGCAUUGGCCUCCUUUGAGCAGCUCUUCCGGGCCUGGGAGGAAGGCCUGGACUGGUGCAACGCAGGCUGGCUGCAGGACGCCACGGUGCAGUACCCCAUCACGCUGCCCCGAGAGCCCUGUGGUGGCCUGGACCUGGCGCCUGGUGUGCGCAGCUAUGGCCCACGCCACCACCGCCUGCAUCGCUACGAUGUUUUCUGCUUUGCUGCUGCCCUCAAGGGGUGGGUGUACUACCUGGAGCACCCGGAGAAGCUGACACUGAAGGAGGCCCGGGAGGCCUGCCAGGAAGAUGGUGCCCAGAUUGCCAAGGUGGGCCAGCUCUUUGCUGCCUGGAAGUUCCGUGGCCUGGACCGCUGUGAUGCCGGCUGGCUGGCAGAUGGCAGUGCCCGUUACCCUGUGGCUCACCCCCGUCCCAACUGCGGGCCCCCAGAGCCUGGAGUCCGGAGCUUUGGCUUCCCAGACCCUCAGAGCCGCCUGGAUGGCGUCUACUGCUACCGCCCCCGCUAGGAUCUGGGCGGCCAGCUUUGCACCCAGCCUCCUUCCCCCAGGGGCUGUGUAUUUAUUGAGUGGUUCAAUUCUCCUAAUGGGUCAGGGCAAUUUUAGUAUUGUUUUUAUAUUUCUCAACUUAAACAUUUUUGAAAAGUAUCAUUAUUUUUUUGUAAAUCCAGCAGCAUCCAAGUACCAGCUCCCCUGGACACCUGGAGGCACUCCCCGUCACAAACAUUUGAGGUUUGUGAGCCUUUUAGAGGGCUCUCUGCUAUCCCUGAGUCCAGCCUGUGUCCUUCCUCAGAGGAGGCUGAUACCCAAGUGGGCAGUGACCUGGCCACAAGGGGUCAAGGCAUGGUGGCUGCUACUCUCCCUCUGUUUCAGUCUGGGAAGGAAGAGGAGUUGGUGGGGGGGGGUCCUUUUUAUUUCUGGAGUGGCUUCCUAGGCUUCUCCUUGAGAUCUGAAGGUAGGGAGAGAAGUCCUCUCCCCUUCUCAUCUCCACUCUGUUUCCUUUUCAUUUUCCCUGUGUGGAGAACUGCCUUCAGGUGUGUGCACCUUCUUUGAACGAUAAAUGGUGCUAUGACCCCUUCCUUUGUCCCCAACCUGCAACUGUGCCUGGCUCCCUGUCUCAUCCAGUCUCAGGGCUCAGCUCCCAGCCUGGUGGAUGUGGUAGGUUCGGUUCUGGGCCAUGCUUCACAGGUGGCGGGGUCAGCGCACCUGGGGUGGGCAGAGAACUCCAUGUGCUGCCCCAGGCUGUGCCCUGCCUCUGGUGCUGGCCCAGCAGCUGGCUCCCUGGCUUGCAUCCCACAGUCCCUGGUAGUGUGUCUGUGUGAGGCCCAGCAAGAGAGAGGAAGGUGCCUCUCAGAGGCUGUGUCCUCUAGAGGGCCUCAGAGGCUAGGCUCUUGGGCCUGAUCCUCUGGGCCUCACCCUGAAAAGGAAGGCACUCUGGUUGCCUCUCACAGGCAUGCCCUGCCACUUACCGCUCAGUAAUGCAAUCAGUUUUUCACCAGCCCAGUGCUACUCAAAGUCUGGCCAGUAGCAGCGGCAGCAGCAGCAGCAGCACUUAGAAUGCAUUAGAAAUGCAAAUUCCUGGGCCUUACCCCAUACCUACAGAGUUAGAAACUCUGGGGGUGAGAUUAGGCCCCUUGUUAUCACAAAUCCUCCAGGGGAUUCUGAAAGCCACUAGCAUAGAUGGUUGUUUUACCAAUUACAGAUAGUCUCUGAUAUAUGAUAAUUUGACUUACGAUUUUUUUUUUUGCACUUGGCAUUGAACCCAAGGGUGCUUUAAAUCUGAGCUACAACCCCAACCUUUCUAAUUUUUUAUUUUGAGACAAGGUCUCUCUAAGUUGCCCAGGAUGGCCCUGAACUUGUCCUUCUGUCUUAGCCUCCCAAAUUGCUGGGAUUUUAGGCAUGUGUCACUGCGUCCAGCUGACUUAUGAUCUUUUGACCUUACAACGUUCGUUGUAUUAGUCAAUGUCACUUUCCUAUAAUAAAAUAUCAGUCAUAAGUAACUUGUGAAGAGAAAAGGUCUAUUUUGGCUCAUAGUUUUGGAGGUUCCAGUCCAAGAUUGAGUGGCUCUUGUUGUUCUGGACUUUGCAUAAGGCAAUCAUCAGGAUAGGUGUGGAUGGCAGAGAAACAGGCUCACCUUAUCAGCAAGGAAGCAAAGAUAAAAGACCAAGAGGGUAGUGUCCCAAAAUACCCAUUCAGGGACCUGUUCCCAGUGACUGACGGACCUCUCAGAAGGGCUCACCUCCUAAAGGUCUACCAGCACCUCUCAAUAACACCACCCUGGGGACCAAUUUCUCAACACAUGGCCCUUUGGAGAAUGUUCAGUAUCCAAACUGUAGUAGAUGGCAUGAAAGCAAUAAAUGUUCAGCAGAAACUUUA